AUGAAGGAAGAGUCUUCAAAACGAACUCAGGAGCUUCAGGUGUCCGAGCGGGAGAAGAUGAACCUGAUGACGCAGCUUCAGCGGCGCGAUGCGGAGGUGAAGGGCCUUCAAGACAAGCUUCAGGAGACGCAACUGCUGUUGAAAACGGAAAGCGAGGAAGCCAACGCAGCGUUGGCUAUAGCGAAACAGGAAAAGGAGGGUGAGCGCGCUCGUUACCUUGAAGAGCUGAAGCGGAACGUGGACAAGCAGCGACAAGCGGCGACGAUUCGAUGCCAGUUGGAAGACCAGAUUAGAGAUCUGAACUUGCAGUUGGAGGAUCUGAAGAAGCAGGACGAAGCGAAGGUGAAAGUAAGCGAGGAGUUAUCCAAGAAGCUGAAGGACGCGCGCACUGAGAUCGAGCGACUGCAGCGCGCGGAGAAGGAGGCGAAGGGGGCGCAGGGCAUGAAGGUGGAGCUGGAGGAGGUGAAGAGAGCUUUGGAGGAAGCGGAGUUCAAGAAUCGCGACUACGCCAAGAUCCUCAAAACUGCUGAGGCUAGCGCUGCUCGUUUCAAGGAGCAGGUGGCUCACCUGACUGCGAAACUCCAAGACCAGCGUCGCGAGCGGGAAGAGCGGGAGGAGCAAAUGAACCAACUGGCGGCAGGAUCCGGCAGCGUGGAGCAACAGACGGCAGCAGUGCGUAAAGAGAACGACGAGCUUAAAGCCCGGGUUUCUCUGGCGGAACAGCGCAUGGCGGACGCUCAGCGGCUGGAGAAGGAGUUCAAGGCGAUGACGGGGGAGCGCGCGGACCUGGAGCUGCAGGCGGAGAUGGCGCGCAUGGGGAAGGAGAGCGCGGAGAAGCGGGCGGCGGAGGCGGAAGGGAAGGUGAAAGCGGCGGAGGAUGAGGGGAGGCGCGCGGUGUGUGUGCUGGAGGAGAAGAUGAAAGGGAUGCAGCGGGAGAAGGAGCAACUGCAGGAGGAGCUGCAGGCGGCGGUAAGGGGGAGGGAUGCGGAGAAGGGGGAGCUGGCGGGGAAGAUUGCGCGCUUGGAGGCGGAACUUGCGGAGUUGAAGCGCGAGGCGGGGAGACUGCACGAGGCGGCGAAGGAGGCGGGGAAGCAGAAGGUGCAGGAGAUUGAGGGACUGCAGAAGGAGCUGGAUGCGGCUGCUGCUGCGCUGGAGGAGGUGAAGCUGAAGUGCGGGGAAGCGGAGGAGGCACUGCGCGCGGAGAAGGAGCGGAGGCACGCUGAGGUGGCGGCUGCGGUUGGUUCCGCGGAGAGGAAAUGCGCGGAGUUCGAGGAGAGGGUGGCGGGACUGCUGAAGGCUGUUGAGAGGCUGGAGAGAGAGAACGCGGAGCUGAUCGGAAAGGUGGAGCUCGGUGAGGAGGAGUGCAGACGGGUGUUGAAGCAGAGCCAUGAGGCCGAAUUGAAGGUGGGACGGCUUGAGAAAGAGUUGAAGGGGGUGGUGGAGGAAAGGGAGAGGAUGGGGAACGAGAUGGGUGUUGUGCGCGCGGCUCUGAAGGAUGCGGAGCGGCGCAUGGAGGCGCAGGCAGAGGAGGCGCGCGCGCAGCUGCGCCAGUCGUACGAGGCGACCAAGGAGGAGGCGCGGAAGACGGGCGCGGAGAUCGAGGUGCUACGGCGGGAGGUGGAAGUGCGCGCGAGCGAGGUGGCGGAGUUGGCGCGGAGGGCAGAAGCGGCGGAGGCUGCGGCGGCGAAGGAGGCGGAACGGCGGUUGGCGGAGAGCAGCGCUGCGGAGAGUGCGCGCGCGAAGCUGGAAGGCAGGUGCCGGGAGGCGGAAGAACGCGUAGUGCAGCUGCAAGGGGUGGUCGCUGGGGAGGAGGGAGAGAUCGCCGGACUUCUGGAGCGAGCGACGGCAGCUGAAGCGGCCGGAAAGAAGGCAGAGAGCGAGCUUUGGGCGAUGGAGGCGGCGAAGGAAAAGGCGGAGACCGAGCUCGAGCGCGUGACGGCGGAAUGCGAGAGACUGGCGCAAGAGAUGGGGAUCCUGCGCGAGGUGGUGGAGGAUGUUGAAGGGCGCGUGGAGCGGGAGGCGAGUGAGGCCGCUGGAAUACUGGUGAAGCUCACCGUUGCAGAGAAGGAGGUUGACGGGCUGAGGAGGGAAGUCGAGGAGGAGAGGGCGAGGGCGGAGGAUGCUUUGAGGGAGAAGGCGGAGGCGUGCGGGGAGGUGGAGGAGGGGAGGGGGAAGAUUGCCGCGCUGGAGCGUGUGGUGGAGGAGGUGCGAGAGGCGUUUGCUGCUGCGACGGCGGAUGUGGAGAGGGAGAAGGCCGGGAAGGACGAGGCGGAGGAGGUGGUUGCGCGCUUGAAGCGGGAGAUCUCGCGGGAGAGGGAGGAGAUGGGGCGGAAGGUGGAGGAGCUUCAGUCGCAGGUGGAUAAGCUGAGUGGUGACGUGGAUGCAGCGGGGGAUGAGCAGCAGGCGAUGCAGGCGAGAGUUGACAAGCUGCUGUGCGACGUUUCUCAACUGUCGCACGACAAGGGUCGCAUGGAGGCGGAGCUGAGCGAGGUACGAGCGGCAGUCGCUGAGAAGGAAGCGGCUGUGACCCGCGCGGAGGAGCGGCUGGCGGAAAUUGCGCAGGAGGCGGACGGACUGCAGAGGCAGUUGCACAACGCAGAGGCAGACGCGGAGAAGGCGGGGAUGGCGGCGGAGGAGGAGAGGGCUGGGCGGGAGGAGGCGGAAGCGAAGGUGGGCGAGUUGGAGGAGAAGGAGCAGCGGCUGGUGGGGAAAUACGAGGAGGAGAUCGGAGUGCUUCAGGAGAGGGUCGCGGAGUUGAAGCGGGAGCUGUCGGCAGAGCAGGAGCGCCGCCGCGGAGAGGCGGAGAAGCUGGCGGAACAGCUGGAGGAGGCGCGGGUGGCGCUGGAAGGCGCGCGCGCGGAGGAGAAGCACGCGAGGGAGGAGGCGGACCGGCUGAGCGGGGAGCUGGCAGCUGCGGUGCUCAAGACUGGGGAUGCUCAGCGGGAGCUUCAGGCCGAGAAGGCUGCGCGCGAGCUGGUUGAAGAGAAGGUUGCAGAGAUGGAAAAGGAGAAGGAGUCGAUGAUGCGAGAUCACGAGGACGUGGUGGUGGGGCUGCAGCGGGAGAUGAAGAGCGAGCGGGAAGAGGCGGAGAAGGAGAAGGCGUGGAGGCGGAGCGAGGUGGAGGAGGUGAAGGGAGAGAUGGGGUCGAUCGUGGUGGGGCUGGAAGGCAAACUGGCGGAGAUGGGAGCGCGGGAGGGGAGGAUGGAGGAGGAGGCGCGGCGGAAGCAGGAGGAGGUGGAGGCGCUGGAAAAGCGGGUGAAGGAGCUGGAGUGGGAGAUGAGGCGGCGGAACGAGGAGCAGCGGCAGGGGCUGAUGGCGGCGGUGCAGCGAGGGGUGGAGAGUGGGCAUGCGGGGGAUGCCCUGGUGGAGGAGGUGAGGGAGCUGCUGGUGAGGCUGGAGCAGGAGGGGGUGCGCGCGCAGCAGGUGGCGCAGAUGGAGGAGAGGUUGAAGGAGCUGGAGGCCAAGCUGCAAGACGCAGAUGAGCAGCUUGCUGAGCUGGCGGACAAGGACGAACAGCUGUCGGCGUCUGAGUGGACCAUUGAGCGGAUGGGCGAGGAGCUGAAGCGCGCCAAGGAGGGCACCGAAUCGCGCAAGGCGGAGGUGUCCCAGCUGCAGCACCAGCUGCUGUGCGCGUCCGCCACCCUGGAGGAGCGCGAGAAGGACCUGGACGCGCUCAGGCGCAUGCUGGAGGAGUCCAACGGCAAGCGCUGGCGGCGCGCACGGCAGAUCAAGCGCAUGGAGUGCGAGCUGGCUGCGCUGAGGGAGGAGCUGGGGCGGGAGAGGAAGAGGCGGAGGCCGGAGGGGAGCAGGGGAGAUGGCGGGGAGGAGGAGCGUGAGGAGAGCCCCGUGCGGUUGGCUUCUGGAUCGGUGAUCGCAGUGGGAAUGGGAGGAGCUCAGCAGGAGGGAAGCGGGACGCCUGGGCUGAUCUUGGCGCCGAAUCCUGGGCAGAGCGGGCUGUAUGCAAGGAGGUUUAGGAGCCGGGUGGCUGCUAUGGCUGCUGAGGGCGGGGAGGGGGUUGUGGAGAAGGUUGAGACGACUGGCAGUGAGGGUGGAGGGGGGGAGGGAGGUGGAGUGGUGGGGGUGUUUGAGUUCAAGUCUCCUGCUGCUGCUCGUGCUGCUGCUUCUCCUGCUUCAGCCGCUGGUGGUGUUGCUGCUCCUGCUGCUGCAGCUGUUGUUGGUGUAGCUGCUGCUGGUACGCCUGCUUGGCUCGCAAUAGAAGGUGGUCUUAAUGUGGUGAUGGCAGGAGUACACGAUGAGGAAGAGGACGAGGAGGAAGCACCCAAGGCACUGAAUUUCGACCUGGUGGAGAAGGAAGAGGAGACGGGCGUAGGAGUGCUGGUUGGUGAGAAGGAGGAACUCCUGGAGGCAGAUCAGGGCGAGAAGGGCACGACGGAAGCUGUGGUUGCAGAAGAAGAGUCGGCGGAAGAGGAGCUUGCGGCCUUGAGGUCUCGCUUUGAGCAGGAGGUGAUGGGUGAGAUAGUGGGCGGGCUCGACGUGGAAGUUUCUCAGCUUCGAGAGCUGCUGGCUGAUGCUGAGAAGAAGCAGGCAGCAGGUGCUGCUGCUGCUGAGGCGAUGGGAGGGCUUCAGGAGAAGGUUUUCCUGCUCCAGAAGCAGCUGGGCGAGGCUGAGAAGAAGCAGGGAGAGGCAGAGGAGGAGGCAAGAAUGGCGAGGCAGAAGCUGACGGUUCUGGAGAAGGAGCUUGCUGCUGCUGAAGCGGCGGUUAUGCAGGAGAGGAGGGCUGCUGCUGCUAUGAGGGUGGAUUUGUCUGCUAUGACAAGCGAGCGCGAUGGUUUGCUGCAGAAGGUGGUGAUCUUGGAGCAGCAGGAGCGGGCAGUUGUGGAGAACACGGGGUGUGUGGAGGGGAAGGGGAUGGGGCAAGAAGUUGAUGCGAUGAAAGCUGAGGUGGCUGCCAUGGUGAGUGAGAGAGAGGCACUGCUUGGGAAGGUAGUGGAGUCGGAGAAGCAGGUGCGGGCCGCUGGGGAAGAGAAGGGUGGAAUGAAGGAGAAUCUGUUGGAGGGAGAUGCUGAGAGGCAGCGGCUGGUGGCAGCUGUGCAGCAGAAGAGUGAGGAGAUUGAAAUGCUGGAGCUGAUGGUUGCAGAGAUGGGUAAGAGAGGGCACUCGGAGCGCAUGGGGACGGUCAUUGCUGCUGUUGAGGGGAUGGGAGUGGGCGCUGGGGAGGCGGAGCCAGGGAGUGGGGAUGAGGAGGCAGUGAACAAUGGCGUAAUGGAUGGAGAGCAGGGAUUGGACGGGGAGGUGAGGAGGCUGCAGGGGAUGGUAGGGGAGAUGAAGGGGAGAGAGGAAGCAGCAAAGAAGGUGGCAGCAGAGAAGGCUGCUCUGGCCCAGCGGCUGGAGGGGAAGCUGAAGAAGGUGGAAGGGGAGAUGAGGGAGCGUGAGGGGAAGGAGGCGCUGCUGAAGCGGCAAUGCAAGAACGCGGAAGGGGAGCUGGAAGUUGCGAGGGGGGCGAGGCAGGGAAUUGAGGCACAGGUGAGGGUUCUGGUGGAGGAGGCUGCGGGGUUGAAGCGAGCGGCUGAUGAGGCGGAGAAGGGGCGUCGGGAAGCCGAGGCGAAGCUGGCAAAUGCAAACGGGCAGCUGAAGAGGCUUGAGGCGGAGUUGGAGGUGGUCCGGGCAGUAAAAACUGCUCUGGAGGGUGAAAAGGGAGAGAUGGUGCCUCAGCUGGAAGCUGAGGCAGAGAAGUUGAGGGAGAAGGUUGCGGAGUAUAAAAGGCAAGAGGAGGAGAUGCAGGCGAGUGCAGCAGCUGCUGCGGAGAAGAUUGAACAGGAGCUGAAGGUGAGUGCGAGCCGGGUGAGUCAGCUGGAGAAGGAGGUGGAGAGGCGGAAGCAGGGAGAAAAGGAGCUGAGGAAGGAGAUUCAGAGGCUGGAAGGAGAGAAGGAUCUGAGUAAGAAGCUGCUUGCUGCAAAGGAGAUUGGGGAGGGGAUUACAGCGAGAGGGGAGGGGAGUCGUUCCAUGGGGUUGAGCAACAGAGCUGCUGGGGGUGGGGUGGUGUUUCCGCGGGUUGUGAACGAGGCUGGUGCGGAGGACGGGGCGGGUGCGGGCCGAUCUGUACUGAGGUCCUGGACAGGAGGGAAUGGGGCGGGGGUGGAGGCGACAGGUGGGAUAGGGAAUGUGAACAAGAGGAUUGCUGUUUUCUCUGCUGCCUCUCGUGUCGCCAGCCCCACCAAGCCUGUGAAGCUGCAGCGUCUUGCGGUGGUGACUGGGCCGGAAGGGAUCGGUGCGGUGAACAAGGAGAAUGAGGAAGUUUUGUUGAGUGACAGAUAG